AUGCCGGGCAGUUUGCUGCAUCUGAAGGAGCUCACUGGAGAAUCUCCAACCUCCGAGCGGGCCUUCAACUACCACCCACUACCUCCUAAGGAGCAAACCCAUCAAGACUCAGAGCUCACAUUCUGCAACAGAAGCCCUACAAACCUGGACAGAGCAAGGGAGGGGGCCACCAUGUUUCAGAACUUCACUCUCUUGCUCUUUUGUGUUUGGCUAAGUCUGGGUAUGACCUCAGUGGCAGUGGAAUCUCAACCAGAGCUGUGGAUAGAGUCCAACUACCCCCAGGCCCCUUGGGAGAACAUCACACUUUGGUGCAGAAGCCCCUCUCGGAUAUCAAGCAAGUUCCUGUUGAUGAAGGAUGACACACAAAUGACCUGGAUCCGCCCUUCUUACAAGACCUUCCAAGCGUCAUUCUUCUUAGGUGCCCUUACUGAGUCCACUACAGGUCUUUACAGGUGCUGCUACUGGAAAGAGAAAGGCUGGUCAAAGCCCAGUAAAGUUCUAGAGUUAGAAGCACCAGGCCAGCUGCCUAAGCCCAUCUUCUGGAUCCAGGCAGAGACCCCCCCUCUUCCUGGAUGUAAUGUUAACAUCCUCUGUCAUGGCUGGCUGCAGGAUUUGGUAUUCAUGCUGUUUAAAGAGGGAUACACAGAGCCUGUGGAUUACCAAGUCCCAAGUGGGACAGUGGCCAUAUUCUCCAUUGAAAACAUGACACCUGAGAAUGAAGGGGUUUACAUCUGCCGCACUCACAUCCAGAUGCUCCCUACCCUGUGGUCCGAGCCCAGCAACCCCCUGAAGCUGGUGGUAGCAGGUGGGUGUGGCCAUGGCUGCUGGCAUCUGACAAUUGUUAUCCCAGGGAUCAUGGCUGGUUGA